AUGCAGUACAAACUUGUCCCCAAUUUGGAUUUCAAGACACAGCGCUCUAUUUGUCUUCAAAGUGUUUACAUGGAGCAUAUACCGGAGGAUUUAAUCACUCAAGGAAGGAGAGAUUUAGUGUGCGGUGAUAUUAACAAAGCAGUAGAUAAUUUUCAAAAAGCUUGUGAAGCUCUGUCGAUGAUACAUGGUGAUUUUCAUGAAGCUCUUGCUAUCCCUAACUUACUGUAUGGUACUGCUCUUCUCGAACUAUCACGAAUAGAAAGUUCAGUUAUCGGGAAUGCAUUGGAUGGGAUACCGGAUUCAGACAAAAAUGAUUCAGAAUCGGAUGAUGGGAUCAUUGAACCUGGGCCUGAAUUGACAACUGAAGAAAAAGAAGAUAUUUCCAAUCAAGUCAUAGAUGCUAUGUGUGAAGACAAAAAGCAGGAAGAAAGUGAGACCAAAGAAGCCGACACACCUAGCGAAGACACUGAAGCUGUAAGCGGAAAUGAUGAUGCCACUGAUAAUCCGACGGAUGACGCUUCUGAAGGAGCUGAGGAUGACGAAUCAAACGGAUCUGAAGAGGAAGAGUCUGAGAAUCAAGAUGAGGUCCAGAAUAAUCCCACAGAAUCGGAAGCUGCUAAAUCUGAUGAUGAAGAUGAAGUGUCGAAUCUUCAAAUCGCUUGGGAGGUUAUUGAAGUAGCCAAAAAACUUUUUUCACAAAAAGAUGACGAAGAGAGUAAAUUGAAUGUUGCCGAGUGCCUAGAAAAGCUUGGUGAGAUUAGUCGCGAGAAAGAAGAUUAUGACCAAGCAGUAUUAGACUUAAAGGAAUGUUUAGAAAUCCGUACUUCCAUUUUGGGUCAAAAGGAUCGUCGUGUAGCUGAAAGCCAUUACCAACUGGGAACGACGUAUGCCGUUUCUGGAGAUUUAGCAAACGCAAGCAGCUCUUUCAAAGCCUCAGUUGAGUGUCUCAAGUUGUUGGCUGAAGAUAUCAGGUCAAAAAUCGAAGCUGUUGACCAGAAAGAUGGAGAGGAGAAAGAGCUUCUCCAAGUUACACUUAAAGAGAUAGAACUUUUAAUACCAGAUGUUCAGAAUCGGUGUGCAGAUAUUGAGGAAGACCGAUUAGCUGAAAGCAUUAAACAAACCGAGUCUCCAAUGGAACCAUGCUCUAAUGGUACUAGUGUCCCAACUGGUGACAUAUCACACUUGAUAAAGAAAAAACGUCCUGUUACUGAAACGACACCUGUGGAAUCUGUAGAAUUAAAUGGUCAUGAAAACUCGACUUCCAAGAAAGUGAAGCUUAUAAAUGCGAAUGGUGAAUCCCUGCCUAAAGAAAAUGGUGUUUAG